UUGAAAUAAUAGUUCCUAUGACAUGGCCUCUUUAUUUAUGUCCUGAAAUUGACAUUUUGGAUGAGGAGGAUGUCGAUAUUUCGCAAAUUAAUCGUGCAACAAGGGAACGUACAAAAUCACAAUAUGAUUAUAAAGUAACAUUUACUCAAAAUCCCGAAACGUUAAGGGUAAUACAUAGUUUUCUCAAGUCGUUUCUAUUUGUGGAAAAGAGGUACUGCUAA